GUGUAACCGAACUUGGUCUUAUAGGCAUUCGCCAACACACAUUUUCCAAUUAAGAAAGAAGACCGUUAAUAUUGCAGUUUACCCUAAGGGUGGUGAGAGCCAUGCAUGAAGAUCGCUGGUACUUCUCAAAAGAGCAGCUGGAGAAUACACCCAGCAAACGAUUUGGCAUCGAUGCUGAUAAAGAGUUGUCCUACCGACAGAUUGCGGCCAACCUCAUUCAAGAGAUGGGCCAAAGGCUGCACACCACCCAAUUGUGUAUAAACACUGCUAUUGUGUAUAUGCACCGGUUCUACAUGUACCAUCCUUUUACACUAUUUCAUCGUAAUGCAAUGGCUACUGCAUGUCUUUUUCUUGCUGCCAAAAAUGAAGAACAACCGCGCAAAUUAGAACAUGUUCUCAAGGUGUCUAUAAUUUGUUUACAUAAACAACAGGGGCAUAAUUUUCAUCAUAUUGAUAAUAAAUCUGAAGUUUAUAUGGAACAAGUACAAGACUUGUUAAAAAAUGAAGAAACCCUAUUGAAAACCUUAGGUUUUGAAACAGCCAUUGACCAUCCUCAUACUCAUAUAGUGCGAUGUUGUCAUCUUGUAAGGGCUAGCAAAGAUCUCGCCCAAACAGCAUAUUUUAUGGCAUCUAAUAGUCUGCAUUUAACUACUAUGUGUGUUCAAUAUAAACCAACAAUUGUUGCUUGUUUUUGUAUACAUUUGGCAUGUAAAUGGUCGAAGUGGGAAUUAAAAGAUAGUAUGGAAGGUAAACCAUGGUUUUGGUAUGUAGAUCAAAGUGUAACAACUGAGUUACUAGAACAGCUUACUUCAGAAUUUUUAGCAAUAUUUGACAAAUGUCCAUCUCGCCUGAAAAAACGACUAAUGGCCACCAAUUCAAUGGACAAAAAUGGAGCAUUAGCUAAUUAUUGCUCUUCUCAACAAGUGCAAUCACCUAUCCCUCCUUUGCCUUCUAAUUAUAAACAUCAGAGUCAUUCUCGAAUGUUAAAUACAAGACCUACACCAUCCAAACCUACUCCUCCUAUAGUCUUCCAACCUCCAACUAGAACUAAUGGUGUUCCAGUUGAUCAUAAAUUUUUAGUACCUGCUAGACCUAUUCCUCUUAAAGAUCAACCAACACCAAUUAUUUCUAACAAACCAUUAGCACCUGUAAAACCUAAAAUUGAUGUACCUACAACUUUAAAUAAUAAUGUUAAAAAUGAACCUCUUAUUCAACGACCUAAGUCAUUACCUAAACCUUCAGAAACUAUUGUUAAACAGGAAAUCAUGGUUAAACAAGAGAUAACCAAACCCUCUGAACCUGUACGAAAUCAAUUCUCUGUCGGUCGAGAUAAUCAUUCUGAAGUGAUAACAAGUGUGCUCAAAGAAAUGACCAAGCAAAAUGAUUUAAAUACUUUAUCUGUGAUCAAAUCUCCUCGAGAAUCUCCACCCAAAGUUAAGAAGCCAUCAAUAUUUAGUCCAGUACCUGAAGACGAACCACAAGAUAUUAAACCUUAUAUUAAAUCUGAACCAGAACCUUUAAUUACUAAAUCUGAACCAGAACCAUUUAGUAUCAAACCUCAAUCCGAGUCUUUUAUUGUUAUUAAAUCUGAACCAGAGCUAUAUAUUAAACCUGAACCAAUGAGUCCUGAAGCACUACCAGACAUACCCAAGUUCAAUCCUGAAUUAAUGCUGAAUCCAGUUGGUCCUACUGGUACUGUUGAAAUGGAUGGAGAAACAACCAAUUCAAAUACACAUAAAAAGAAAAAGAAGAAACAUAAAGAAGAGAAACGUGAGAAAAAGAAACAUAAAAAAGAUAAAAAACAUAAAGAUGGAGAACAUAGACAUCACAAACAUAAAGAUAAACAUAAAGAACCUGAACCUAUUAGAAUUACAAUACCAAAAGAAAAAAUUAAACAAAUACCACCAGUGGUAAUAACAACACCACAUUCUCCACCUAGAGGCAUCAAAUUAAAAAUUGCAAAAGAAAGAAUUGGAGCUAAUGGCUCAGGGUCUGGGAGUAGUUUACGAAUUAAAAUUAGUAAAGAUGACAGAGGAGCAAAAAGAGAACACAGUCCUGGUGAAAGCACUCCAAAAAGAAAUCGCAAAGAAAGAAGAGAUUCUGAUUCUGGUUUAGGUCAUAGCCAGAGUUAGUAUUUACUUUUUGUAAGCUGGAAUCGAAACUAUAUCAUUCAUUAUUAUUUUUGUUACUUAACUAAGAGCCUUUGAAUAAGCAUUUGUUUUUACUUUAUAAAUUGGAAAAAUAGAACAAAAAUAUAUAUAUAAAAAAAAAAAAAAACAUUUUGCAAAGACUUUUUCUCUUAGGUAAAUGUUUCGAUUACCAGUAUGUGUCAUUGUGCAAUAUAAUAUAAUAUGCUCUUCCUGACACUUGAUUUUUGUUUUCGUUUUGUUGUUAACAAUUUAAGUGCCUUUCUUUUGUUUGGUUUUUAUUAUUUUUAUAUACAUAAUAAGUCAAACAUUAUUCACCUAACGAGUAGACCUCCUAGUACAUACUCGUACACAUAAAUAUUAUUAAUAGCUAAACAUUGUCAUCUCACAUGUCUUGAGCUAUUAACUAAAAUAUUGACUUUGUGAUAAUUGGCGGAUAUACGCCAAACUUAUUUGUACUAUUGUAAAUAUUGUAAUGUCGACUGA